UAUCUAAUCAAUAAAUCAUUUAAUUUAAAAGAUUAUUUUUCAAUAAACUCAUCCAUUUAUGAUGCUUUAAUAAUGUUUGUCAUAUUAUGAGAUUUCAAGUGGAAACCGCACGAACUUGUUAACAAUGCAAUUUCCAAGCUUUUACACAGCGAUUUAAUUAACAAGUACUUGAUUCCUUAAAAAUCGGCUGAUCUCACGCGGAAAUAAAAAAACUUUAACUAUUUUGCGCACGGAAAUACAUACUUAAGCAUCCAAGAAUGCGAAGCUAGAUGAAGUGGCGGUAUAAAAUGAUGCGUCUAUCACUUCGCACGGUCAUACGUCGUGCAGUGUGCGACAAGUGCGGAUCGCGAAUAGCAUUACAGCUUGUCAAGUCGAAACAAACAGCAAUCAUGUCGCCAAUUUUGGUUGCACUCUUAUUCAUCAGUUUAGCAAUAGCAGCUCCCCCGCUUAUUCCUUCAGAACAAUGCACGACCGAUUCUGAAUGUCCAUCAGAUUUCUGCUGUUUGCUAGGACCUUCAAGGUAUGCUAUGCCGGCUUGCAUGCCGUACCAACAAAAAGGUGAACAAUGCCGAGUCAAUGCUAAGACUAUUACGACCAACUUGACUUACCCGGAUAAUUCGCAAUUGGAAGUUAAAAAUAUUAAUUUCAUCCUGUGCUCUUGCGCCGAUGGAUUAUCUUGCAACAAGAAAACCGGCAUUUGCAAUUAAAAACGUAUUUCUUCAUCAGUUGAAUAAAUUGAAGUGAAAUACAUAUUUUGAAAAAGUA